AGUAUCAAACAUAAUAUUUGAAUAAAUAACACAUAACACAUAAGGCGCUAAACAACACAAUUUUUCUAACAUUUUAACCUUCAAUUCUAAUAAACACAAAAAUCAGGCAAAUUUUACAUUAUACCACUGGUCUUCCACAGUACAACUAGAUAUAAAACUCUUAUUACACAUACAGCCGUCCGGCCGAACGGACGCCGCUGCUUAAAAAAAAAGAAAUUUAAAAAGUAAAAAAUCCAUCAUGGCGGUCUCGUACGCCGUUUCCCGCGUUCUAAGGCGCGCGUCCCCAAUCUUUUGUCAAAAAAGACUGGAAUCGACUGUUGCUAGUUUUACGAAAGAUGAAAUUUUGAUAUUGUUGAGGCCCCCGUUCACCAAUUGGAGCAAUGCAAUUAGGGACGCGGAGAAAGUGGUUGGGUACCCGACAUCGUUCAUGAACUUGAGAUGUCUACUGAGCGACGAGUUCGCUAAUAUGGCGUUGUAUCUACGGAAAUUGGUCGGCAGCAACCACCUCGUGAUGCAAACAGCAAAGAACGUCCUCUACGGAGACUCCAAAAACCUUCAACCCUGGGGCCUGAUCAUCCUACUCCUCUCAAAAUCCGUCAAAACAGCCACCGUGACCCCUCAAACGAAGAAGACCGAAGACGAGACCAGGGUUUUGGCAGAACUGACAGAAAUGAUGAGAACUGGUCACCUCAUUCACAAAGGAAUCGUCAACGUACCUUUUGCGAAACGCUCAAAAGACACAGAAUCAGCUAUUUUCGGUAACAAAAUCGCUUUACUUCUAGGAGACUACCUUCUUGUCACUGCUAACGGUAUGCUUGCUAACCUAAGAAACUCUGAUGUAUCAUACAUAAUUUCUACUGCAUUAAAAGACUUAUCCGAAGGCGAAUUCUUUGGCGAAAGAGAUGAACAAAACAUGCCUAUACCUGGAGAACCAAAAAUAACAGAUAAAGAUUACGAAAUCAAUUUCGACACUAAUUCCAUAGCAGUAGAUGAUGUUUUGGGUAAACCAAGAAAGGAAUGGACAGCUAGAACGGUUUACAAUGGUGUCAGCCUAUUAGGCAGAGGCUGCCAAUCAGCCAUGGUGCUUGAAAGACAGAAUAGAGAAACACAGAACUUGGCUUACCAAUUUGGUUGUCACGUAGGUCUUGCUUGGCAGGCCGCUACAGAGCUACAACAACUUACAUCAGAAAGUAAAGAACAGUUCUGUCUAGCAAGCGCUCCAGUACUUUUUGCUUUAGAUAGCAAUCCCAACUUAUACCAGAUCAUAACGCAAGCGAAAAAGGACGUUAAAGACGUAGAUUAUGAGGAUUUGAAGUUCAAUAUCCUGAAAACUGAUGCGGUUGAUAAAACACAGAUGUUGUAUAAGGAGCAUGCUAAGAAAGCGACUGAGUAUAUUGAUGGGAUUGGACAGAAUGAGUCUGUUGAUAUGAUUAAGAAAUUGAUUAAUACUUUUUAGGAGUUUUCUUUAAGAAUUUUUAUAUGUCCCGGCAAACUUGGUAUCGUCUUUGGCAUAGCUCAAAAUUUAUAAAAUUAUAUUACA